GCAAAGCAGCGAACCCGAUCACUGGCCGACGGAUUGGUGAGACACAGAAAAAGCAGCAGAGAUCUCUGGAGUGUAUGAAGCUCGCUGUUAAGUUCGGGCUCUCUUCGCCACGCAGACUCAGCCAGCCUACGUGAAGUAACCAUGAGUACAUCAGAGUCAUUGGAUCGAAUGGAACUCUGCGAAAGUCUCUUGACAUGGAUCCAAACAUUUGGGGUGGAAGCACCAUGUAAGACAGUUGAAGAUUUGACCAGUGGGGUUGUAAUGGCCCAAAUCCUGCAGAAAAUAGAUAUAUCAUAUUUUAAUGAUGCUUGGAUUACCAGAAUCAAGCCAGAGGCUGGGGACAACUGGAGGUUAAAGGUCAGCAAUCUAAAGAAAAUCUUGAAAGGCAUACUGGACUAUUACCAGGAGGUCUUAGGUCAACACAUCAAUGAUUUCACACUACCAGAUGUAAAUUUGAUAGGAGAACACUCUGAUGCUGCAGAACUCGGGAGAAUGUUACAACUCAUUCUGGGCUGUGCCGUUAACUGCGAACAGAAACAAGAAUACAUCCAGACCAUAAUGGUGAUGGAGGAAUCAGUACAGCAUGUUGUCAUGACCGCCAUUCAGGAGCUGAUGAGUAAAGAGACUGCUGUUACCCCUGGAGGAAAUGACUCAUAUGUAGAUCUGGACAGAGAGCUUAAGAAGACGAUUGAGGAGCUGAAUGAUGCUUUGGCAACCAAGGAAGAGAUUGCUCAGCGGUGUCGCGAGCUUGACUUGCAGGUAGCGGCUCUGCAAGAGGAGAAGAGCAGUCUGUUGGCAGAAAACCAGGUCCUGAUGGAGAGACUUAACCAGUCUGACUCCAUCGAGGACAUAAACAGCCCUGCUGGACGUAGACAUCUCCAGCUGCAGACACAGCUGGAGCAGCUACAAGAAGAAACCUUCCGUCUGGAGGCGGCAAAAGACGACUACCGGAUCCGUUGUGAGGAGCUAGAGAAAGAGCUCCUAGAUGUGAAGUCCCAGAAUGAAGAGCUCACGUCUUUGGCAGAUGAAGCCCAGUCUCUAAAGGAUGAGAUGGAUGUGCUUAGACAUUCAUCUGACAAAGUUUCCAAACUUGAGGGAACCGUGGAACACUACAAGAAAAAACUGGAGGACAUGGGGCUACUCAGGAGACAGAUUAAACUUCUGGAGGAGAAGAACACAGUGUUAAUGCAGACUAAUGUCAGCUUGGAGGAGGAGCUUCGGAAGGCCAAUGCUGCCAAGGGCCAACUGGAGACCUACAAGAGACAGGUGGUCGAACUUCAGAACAGACUUUCAGAAGAGUCUAAAAAGGCCGACAAGAUGGAGUUUGAGUACAAACGCCUCAAAGAGAAAGUGGACUCUCUACAAAAAGAAAAAGAUCGCAUGAGAACAGAAAGAGACUCUCUUAAGGAAACUAUUGAGGAACUCCACUGUGUUCAGGCUCAAGAGGGACAACUUACAUCAGGUUUAUUCCCACUAGGGCGCAAUGAAGGCUCAGAUUCCCUGGCUGCUGAGAUCACCACUCCAGAAGUCCGGGAACAUCUGAUUCGCCUUCAGCAUGAAAACAAAAUGCUGAAGCUGGCCCAGGAGGGAUCAGACAACGAGAAGAUCGCUUUGCUGCAGAGCCUGCUGGAAGAUGCCAACAGAAGAAAAAGUGAACUGGAGACAGAAAACAGAUUAAUCAAUCAGCGGUUGAUGGAGGAGCAGAGUCAGGUGGAUGAGCUCCAAAAGACGGUGCAAGAACAGGGUUCAAAAGCAGAUGAUUCAUCAGUUCUGAAGAAGAAAUAUGAUGAACAUGUGGAGAAGUUACAAGAAGUGAACAACGAGUUACUGAAGAAAAAUGCUAUCAUCGAUGAAAUGGAGCCUAAAUACAAUGCCAGCUCUCAACGAGUGGAUGAGCUUGAAGAAGCUCUGAAGAAAAAAGAUGAAGAGAUGAAACAGAUGGAGGAGAGAUACAAGAAAUAUCUUGAAAAAGCAAAAAGUGUUAUUCGGACGCUGGACCCGAAACAGAACCAAGGCUCCGGUCCGGAGGUUCAGGCCCUGAAAAACCAGCUCCAGGAGAAGGAGAGGAUGUUGCUCUCACUGGAGAAAGAAAUGGACAAGACAAAAAGCCAGCGAGAUCACGAGGAGAAACUGAUUGUUUCGGCCUGGUACAACAUGGGUAUAUCUCUGCAGAAAAAGGCGGCUGAAGACCGACUUGCCAACACCGGCUCUGGUCAGUCCUUCCUGGCCCGACAGAGACAAGCCACCAGCACACGUCGCUCCUACCCAGGCCACGUCCAGCCAGCUACCGCAAGAUCCAUGAGGUAAAGAUUCAGGGCGAGGAGGCCCAAAUCUUUCACCGUUUUUUUUUCUUCCUGCCAAAUCCUAUUUUAACCUUGACUCCCAUCGAGUGAUGCAAGACUUCUACCUGAUUUGAACCCCAGCAGUUUUUUUUUAUAUUGACUAAUCACUCCUAAUGCCCUUCCAUCUGACCUCUUGUUGAACUUGUUCUGUGUGACAAACUUUACCAUUCAGCUAAUCUGGACCCAGGCGCUCAGAAGACUAGCAACUUUUUGAGAAGUUAUCUGUUUUUCAGCUCUACCUUUUCAUGCAGUAUUUAUGCACUUCUCUACCUGUGACAUUCACUUUUAUUGGAGAAUGACUGUCCUGCUUAAGGUUUGCUUGGCAGCAAGGUCUAAUGUUUAAAUUUUAUUUCAUAUAUCUUUCUACAGUUGGUCUUAAUUAACUGAUUCAUAGGAAGAUUUGUGUUGUUUUUAUUUUUUCUGUAAAUGUCUGAAUAAGGUGAUAAUGGCAUUUAGAUUAACGAGGCUACAGCUGGGAAAACAAAAGCAAUAAUCGGGAAUUUUUCUCUCUUUUUUUAUUUUUUCAAAAAAAAAAGGGGUUUGAAGUUGCUUCAGAAGGUGCAAUUCAUAAUUAGCUACAGUGCUGGUCAGAAGUUUUGUCGUCGACAAGAAUUUAUUUCAUUUUCAGUUCCUAGUUUGUUUGGAAUGUUUCUUCUUUUUUUUGCAAGGAGUAUUUAAAAGCAAUAAAACACAGGUAAUUUUUUUCAACAGGAAUGUACAACUUUGAAAAUUUUGUCCUAUUUAUAUCAGGUUCAAAAAUAUUUGGAUAUGUUUGAGAAUUGGGAAAAUUGCAGGGGCAUUGUUAAAUGACAUUUUUCAUGAAGCUUUUCCUUCUUCAUUAUACAAUCCCCCCACUAUACAUGAGCGUCAGGAUUUCUGCUGUGGUUUACCAAUGUAGUUUAAAUGUGUCAUGGGAGUUAGACUGCUUUCAGUUCUCCAAAUAUACAAUUAAUAGAUAUGCCAGCCAUUCUAUUAAUAACAUAGUAAACUACUAAAUAUUGCAGUUUUUUUUACAGUUACAAUAUUGCACACAUGUAUUGUGGUAUUGAUUGCAAUUCCCCUGUUUGUCAUCAUCACAACAACGAACACAUGCAAACUUCUGACCUGCGCUGUAGAUUGUUAAAUGUUCCUGUGUGUUAGGAUUUUGGUUAGCUUGUUUAGUAAAUAACAGGAUUCUGGAGCGAAACCACUGGAUCUGGUUUUUAGCUUUACCAGCAUGUUCUGGUUUGUGUUGAACAACGUUUGUGUGCCAUAGAUUUUUACUGUCUGUUCCUCUCAACGAACCAUUCUGCAGGACUUUCCUCCAAGAUAAAAUACUUCACCGGCUUUUAGCCAGGCCAUUGUUUCAGAGUUUGAAUCACGUUGUUAUGGGGAAAACUCUGAAGUAUUCAGAAUUGAAGAAGAUGAUCUAUGUUUCCAUAUAAGAAUUUUAGAUGCUCCUUUAGCAGGAGUUGCACAAAUUGUUUUGCAUCAGAUUUCUUUUCCAUUCUCUGUUUGACCCAAAUAUUUCAUGACAAGGUCUUCUAUUAACUUUAAUUUUAAACUGACACAGUGCUUUUUAUGCUAACCAGCUCUCCCAUCUGACUAUAACAUCUCUCUCUCCUCCUCCUACAGCAAUAUCACUGCAUGACUGGUAUGCCAGUGAGCUACUCCUAGCCUUGUGCAGCCGGGCCCGGCCUUGUCCCGCUGUGGCCUGCCCUGACCCCGGGCCGGGCUAGGCUGAGGCACCUGAUGCAUGAACCUGCCUGCCUACUGUUUGCAUGACCCCUCUUUGUUAUUUCAAGCCUUCAAAAUAACCCGUCCCUCUAUCGGCUGCAGCAGCAUGAGCACUAACAACCCUUCCGCAUUGUUAUGCAGCAUAAUCUCCAGGCAAGUCUGACGAGGGAUUUGGGAUCUGAAAAGAAAAAUUCUCUGAUUAAUUCCCUUUUCCACCUUCCAUGCCAAUAGUCUGAUGUUAAUGUCCCUGUCCUCCCUCCUUCAUACCUUCUAACUCCACUGUUACACUUGAUGGACACAUCCACUUGUGCUUUCACAUGCAACAAGUCUGUUACAAUGCAGUGUGUGUUUCAAACAUCCCAGAAGGGAUCAGAGUACACCAGUAUUUCCUGUCCAUCAACCUGUUUAGUAUUUAUGAAGAUCUUGUCUCCGGCUGGCUGUGUCAGAAUACCUCAGUGACAGAUUUCCACAGAUCUAUUUCAGUCUACAUGACUGAGAGGAUUAAUGUGUUAUUUAAGAGGUACGGCCUGCAAAUUGGUCUUAUUUAGAGUUUUCUCUCCUCUAAACUGUUGCAUCACUUCUGACCUCUUAUUUGUUGGGUUGGAUUUUAAAGAUGUUUUUUUGUUUAAAUUAUGUUAAUUUAAUCCAGGUGGUGAUUACAGCAAGUUUUGAACAAAGCAAAAGCUUUUGGGGGUUUUCCUCAGUGGCCUUGUUUUUAAGAGCUGAGGAUGGUAAAUAAUGUGUGCUAUAUUAACAGUCUUGUUACAGAUUAGUUUUUACUUGAGUUAAAAGUCCUCAUUAAGCCUAAUCUUGCCUCUUUCCAGCCCUUUUUCUACAUUAGAAUUUUUUUUUUCAUCUUAUUUAAUUUAUUUUUUGAGUGUAGGCCACAAUUUUAGAGAUGAUUGUAAUUAUACCAAAAAGCUUAUCUCUUUUUUUUUAUGAUUUAUAAUUUAAAAUUACGAUAUUAGAUUAAAAGUGCAUUUGCAUUGGUAAACCAACGGGCAGUCUGUUCACUUUAGGGCCUAAAGUAAACCUCAUGUUUAGGCUGAGUAGUAAUCAGUGAAAUUAUGUGGAAAAUGUGGAAAAAGGUUUCAUUAAUUAUAACUUCCUUUAAGGAAAAUGUAGUAUUCGGUAUUAUCAGAGCUAAAAGACUUGCAGUACCAAAAUAUGUUGGCAUUUUUUGAUCAUGGAAUAAGAUGCAGUUCAUUCACUUUUAAGCAAAUUUAGAUGUUUCUGUCAGCUAUGUAUGUAUGUUUUUCAGUUUUGUUUUAGUAAAUGUUUUAUUUAACUUUUAUUUUCCAGAGUUCAUUAAAAAUCUUAUCCAGAAUCUGACAGGAUGGACAAGUUGCACGUGUUAAACCUUAAAAGUGAGAGAUGGUUUGAUCCUCCAGUUGAGUGCCUUUUGUUUAUGAUGCUAUCAAAAGGUUUUUAGGUUUGGAUUCAAUAAGUUACAAGGUUUAUUUUAGUAUUUACAGCAAAAAAUGUCAGUUUGUCUUUAUCUUGACAAUAACUUAACUCUAAGUUUGGCUUAAUGAGAGCUUUUCUCCCCACCGUUUUACUCAUACUUCUUCUAUUGUGUAAUCUUAGUUUAAUCCAUGCAAUGCAUUUUAUCCUAAAGGCUUAUUUAUUAUUUUUUGCUUGUACAGCAGUCUUAAAAUGUUUUUUAAUUAGUAGUAUUAUGAUAUUACCAUUUAUACUGUUACAAUGGAUGUAAUUUAGAUCAAAAUACUGUUAAAUGACAUAUGCAACUAAAGGAGAAGGUUUCUAGUAUUAAAGCAUUUGUCUCCAAGUAUAAACUGGAGGAGUGAAAGUUACAGUACUUGUACCGACAGUGUUUACAGGAAAAAAAAAUCCUUUUUAUUUUAAACACUGCGCAAAUAAAUUUGCACUUGUAAUUGAGUAUGACGCUUUUCUCUUGAACAAAAGAAAUAAAACCACAUUUUAAUUCUCAAGAUUUGCAGCACUCCUACAAAUGACCCUUUAAGUUUAUGAACGAUGGACGUGAGAUUGGUAUGAUGGUAGCAAAAAUGAUCAUCAAAUAAAACUUUUUUCAAAGCAGCGUUGAAAUAACAUUUAAGGACAUAGAUAAAGUUUCCAGGAUUUCUUUAUAUAUAUAUAUGAACCAUAUUUUUGUAAAUUAUGCAACAUUAACCAAUUUUCUAUUUGUACUUUAAGUAAUGUUACACAGACCUCUUAACCGUCCAUCCUCAGAACAUGGUUUGUAUAUAUUGCAAACGCAUCCACAUUGUGGUUGACCCGUUGACAUUUAUGUCAGGGAUUUGGGCAAACCUGCAUUAUGAACACUCAGCUAAAAAGAAAAAAAAAAAGCAGGGUUUCUGGUUUCUUCCUUGAAUCCCUAUUAAACCACCUACUGUAAUUUUGCUUUUGCAUACCUCCAUUACCUGAUCACAGGUGGGGGCAAUUUGUUGUCCUUUUCAAUGCACAUUUCUUUGCAAUAAAGAAGGGGUUAAAAAUCUGGUGUGCUGCUCUAACUGAAACGUUGAAACUCCCUUUAGUGUUCAAAGAACAAAUAUUUUUCAUAAACAUGCUAAAACCCAUUUAAAACUACAAUGUCUGUGUAUUUUUACAUGCCUCGUGUUCCCUAGAGUUUUUUAAUUUGGCUGGUAAUAUCACUAAGGCUCUGUCAAAUGAAUUAGAAAGCUGAAAUAAGCAACAAGGGGCCUUGUCUGGUUAUUGUUCCAUGAAUCCCAAAGUAGCAAAUAAUGUCCUAUUUGCCAAUAUUUUAUAUUGCUUGUAUAGUAAGACAAAUUGUACAUAACAUUUGUGGUCAUGUCGUAGGGAUGUUUGAAUAUUUGCAAUUGAGGAAAUCAGAAGAUCAUGUCUAGUUUGGUGGAUUUCAUCUCACAUUUAUCCAACAAGGAUUAUGCUGAUGAAAAUGUGCUUCCAACACCAUGAAACUUAGAAACCAUGUUGUAAAUAAAACUUGUAUAAAACA